GAGGAAUUAUUCGGCGCGGAAGUAUUUCCUGAGAUACCUACGUGUCACGUGGAUGGACGCCCUUCCGAGCGUAUCAGUCAACUACAACACUGAAACAUCAGUCUGCACGAUUAAUAGACAAAGGAACCGUCCGUCUUCUAUUGCUGCCCGUAACUGUUGUUGGUGAUUUACAGAUCUGCGACGGCUGCGCCUCGUGGUCUGUACACGAGAAGGCAGAUCUUCACGACAUUAUCCUUUCUCCUUAUUGUAUAAUAUUUCUUUUUACUUGCACAGAUGCCUUCUAUUAGGACUGAUUCGGACAGCCCUGCUGCCAGAUGGAAGCAUCUGUAUAGUGUUCUGAGCAAGAGAGGUCCGUUCACUGAUGAAGAAUGGGUCCCUGGUGAAGAGACAAUCCAGGCUCUGGAAACCUCGAAGAUCUUGGUUAUAGGAGCCGGAGGUCUGGGAUGUGAGAUUUUAAAGAACCUCGCCCUGUCGGGCUUCAAGGAUAUUCAUGUCAUCGACAUGGAUACCAUCGAUAUCUCCAACUUGAACCGUCAAUUCUUGUUCCGCCAGUCUGACGUAGGCAAGCCAAAGGCCGAAGUCGCCGCAGCCUUCGUCGAGAAGCGCGUCAAAGGUGUUAAAAUUACGCCUUACGUGGGAAAGAUCCAAGACAAGGAUGAGGAUUAUUACAUGCAGUUCAAAGUGAUUGUGUGUGGGCUUGACAGUAUUGAAGCUCGCCGAUGGAUCAACUCGACAUUGGUUGGAAUGGUCGAUCCAGAAGACCCAGAGAGCCUGAAGCCAUUGAUUGAUGGCGGAACGGAAGGUUUCAAGGGUCAGGCGCGUGUCAUUUUGCCUACUCUGACAUCCUGUAUCGAAUGCCAACUUGACAUGCACGCUCCUCGCGCUGCAGUGCCCCUCUGCACCAUUGCAACUAUCCCUCGUCAACCUCAGCACUGUAUCGAAUGGGCUCACCAGAUCGCUUGGCAGGAAAAACGCAAGGACGAGCCAUUCGAUAGUGACAACCUUGACCACAUCGCAUGGAUCUAUAACUCGGCCCUCCAGCGGGCGCAGCAGUUCAACAUCCCAGGAGUCACGUUUCAAAUGACCCAGGGUGUCGUCAAAAACAUCAUCCCUGCUAUCGCCUCCACCAAUGCCGUGAUUGCAGCCUCCACGACGUCGGAGGCCCUUAAGAUUGUGACAGGCUGCAACCCUUAUCUGGAUAACUACAUGAUGUACGCAGGUGAGGAGGGAGUGUACACUUACACCUUUGCCGCGGAACAGAAGCCAGACUGCCCGGUGUGUGGCAACCUUGCGAAGACCGUUAUGGUGGAUCCGGAGGACACCCUCGAAGCUUUCAUCGAGAGUCUAGGAGAGCGGGCAGAGGCACAGCUGAAGAAACCAAGUAUGCGGACUGAGGAGAAGACGCUAUACCAGCGCUUCCCACCGCAGCUGGAGGAGCAGACGAGACCCAAUCUCAAAAAGAAGCUCCGGGACUUGGUGGCAGAUGGCCAGGAGAUCGCUGUCAGCGACCCUGCUUUCACCAUCGACUUCCGCUUCAAGCUGGUUUACAAAUAGAGUUUAACUAUGAUAGCUCAAAUGGAACUGAGAUGCACAAUGACAAGACAAGAUUAAAACCUGCUUGGGAAAGCC